AGGAGGCUUUAGUGCAAGUUAAGACAAUGCUAUAGCUAGUUAAGUAAUGAAGUAAGUUACAGUGAAAUAGCUGCUGCUGAACUCUGGAGUUUUGAAGUGAAACUUCAAUUUAUUGGGUUUCUUCGACAAGCAUAUGGAGGCAUUUGGUAGAGUGAUAAGUACUGGUAAGGCACUUGGCUUUUGAGCCAAGGGGUCUUGGGUUUGAAUCUUGCUGAAGGCAGAGGUUUUGAAUUUCAGGGGACUUAACUCUCCAUUUAUACCUGACAUUAGUUGGGGGAAGUUGUUCUGGCCACAUGAUAUGAAACAGGACCUUGACAUCAUCUAUCCUAUAGAUUGCAAGGUCUGAAAGGAGUACCAGUAUUUUACUUUUUUUAUGAGAAGGAUUUUAUUGGUGUUAGAAGGUCUAGAUUUCCAGAUGAAGGCUGGUUAAACCAUCAGGGUGUGUACUUUCAAUUCAUAUGGCUCAUAAUGAAAAUCAUUAUUUGAAAAGUUUCAAGCUUUCUAAAUAAACAUGAAUCGGAGAUCCUCAACAUAUGACAAUAGUGAAGACUCAGAGUCUGACUGGGACUCCACUGUUAAUGAAUCACCUACACAUUCAAAUCCUCCUCUGAAAAUUCAGCUCCCUACAGCCAACAAAACUGAUGAAACUCUAUAUGCUACAGUACAACCUAAGCAGCCAAAAAAUCCUAAAGUUGCUGAUUCAAAUAACAAAGAACCAAGUACUGAGAAAGUUGCGAAUACCCAAUCUCCUAAUUAUAAACAAGAAUCUAAAUUGCCAAACACGGAAAGUUUAAGAGAAUUAAGUGCCACAGGACUAAGUUCACCUCCCCCUCAUCUGUCAUCCUUUAGAAAUGCACUUUCAGAUUACUCGACAGUGUAUGAAGUAAUGCCUGACAUUCCUUCUAGAGGCUAUGAAACUAAAGGGAAGCUAUAUACAGUACCAGAAUCUGAUAUGUUUAUGUCCACCUCACAGAAAAGAGAAGUUCCCAGUUGGAAUGACAGUGAUGCUGAAGAGAGAGUACUGAAAGAGCUACAACAAGAGAGAGACAAACUGAAAAGGGUUCAGGCUGCUUCCAGAGACAGGAAACAUAUUGUUUCUGUUAAUGACAAAAGCAACAUAGCUGCAGAAAACUAUGGUUAUAUGUCCAGUCCACAUGGUGCAAGAUCCAAUGAAUCGGUUAUUGACAAAAAGAAUCGUACAAGUGAAGUCCAUGUGGCUAAAUCUCCAUUGCCUGCAAUGAACUCAGACCAUCACUCUGAGAUUGUGAAAAUAUCUGGCAACAUUAAAGAAGCAAUUCCAGUUCCUCAGAUGUUUCAGUCUAAGAUGUCAGCUCCAGUCAUCAUCAAAGAUGCUACAGGGAAAAGCUGCAUAUUUUACUUUGAAGAAGGCAGCCCACAUUUUGUUGAGGUGUCAGACGAUGAAAUCAAUGCCUACUUACCAGAAAAAGUGGAUAAAUUGGAAAAAUUAUUUCGUCGUGUUUGGCGAGAAGUGUUUGCUGCUUUUCGAAUUCUGACAUCAAUUGUUCUAUUAUUUUUUGCUGAAUUGAUACUCUUCAUUGUUCACCAUAUUGUCAGGCCAUUGUUACUUGACACUAUUCGUGCCAUUGGGGACUUUCUGUUUAAGCCUCUCUUUACCCUCCUAUUUAAUGUCAUUAUACACCCCAUCUUUGCUUUACUCUGGAACAUACUAAAUGCAUUAUGUCAAGCAUUGGAGCCUCUGGUCAAACUACUGGGAGCUAUUUGUACACAGGUGGCCAUUGUCCUGAGGGCUUUCCGACUCUUUGUUGUGAAUCAGAACUCAUCAGCCAGUUACAGACGAGGAGAGACGGAGAUGGUUUAAAGUCCAAUGGUUUCUAGCACAAAGAACUACAUGAUACAACUAACUUGAUAUCAAAACAUUCCAACUUCUAAACUUAAAUGUUGUUACUUUUUAAUCUUGAGAAAUUUAGAUUCUCCUUUUAGCAUUAAUACAAGUUACUAUUAUAUUCAAACCAAACCAUUUACAACUGUUCAGACCAAAGUAUUUUUUAAUAAAUAUAAUGCAUGAUGACAUUGGUGUAAUAUAACAUAUGUAUAAUAUUUAUCAAAAGAAAUGAGAGAUCUUAUUUUGUAAUUGUUUCUGUGAUAAAAUUUAUAUAUAUUAUGGUUAUCUUUUUUUUGUGAAAAAUUUUUUUUAAAUGAUUUUUGCUUCCAUUAUACCAGAUACUGGGCAAUAUGGUGAUUUUAACAAAUGUGGACUUGCAGGUUGACUCAGUCUAAUGAAUACUUUGUUGUUGUUUUUUUGUGACAACACAUUCAUUUACUAUUAGCCACAUAAACAGCUGGACAUAGAAGACAAGACUAUAAGUAUGUUAACUUGUUGAACAAACUUUUACAAAGCUCAAAAAAAGUGAUUUAAAUAUAGAUGUGAAUGGCACAACUAAUGUAGGCAAUGAACAAGAAUCAUUUUGUGUUAUCAAAAUUGAACAUUUUUAAAUUCUAAAGCUGUAUGUUUACAAAGCAGCCUUUUAACUACUGUACACAACACAAUAGCCUGGUAUGUACUGUAUAUAAAUAAUGUCGGGCACCCGUAAAAACUAAGUGAAUUCAGAGGUGCCCCAAAGAUCCCAAAAGUAAAAAUCUGUCUUCACCAGGAUUUGAACCUGGGACCCCUCGGUUCAAGAGCUAAGUUCUCUCUUUAUUUUUUUUAGUCUUCUAUGUCAGCUGUUUAUGUGGCUAAUAGUUAAUGAAUGUGUAUGUAAUGAGAAGUAAGUUAUAUUAAUGAUUAUCAAUUUUAAACAUUGUGAAAAUUAGUUGUAUAAAUACUGAUAUAUAUACAUUUUAAAAUUUCUUUUAUUUGAUGUAAAUUUAUGCAUUUCAUAACCUCAAUUGAAAUCCUAAAUGCUUUUUUUUUUUUUAAUCACUUGUAAUAUUUUGUACAAUUUAAUGUACAACUAAUCGCAUCAAAAUCAAAAUUGUUGCAAUUCCAAGACCUACUACUAACAUUAUUCCUAAAAGUAAUUUUUGCUGGGUAGGAAGAACUUUUUUGUAGGAUUUAUUGACUAGUUGUGUCUUUAACAAAUAAGUUUUCAUAAAUAUGGCCAUGGCAGGUAAAGACUAUUGUUCAGGCUAUUGAACUUGCCCUACACUGCAGUUUCUUUUUUUUUUUUUUCUAAAUAAA